CUACCUCUCUGCCUCCCAGCCAGAUCUGAGGACAUGCACUGCUGCGGCUGCACAGGUUUUUAGGGGAAAGCUGAAUCAGAGGAGCAGAGGACAACAGCAGCUCCUGGAGAGGAGACGCUGACAGCAGGUGGACAGAAAAGUCCUCCCAGGUUUCUGAGGGAGUUUUGGGAGACAAAAGGUGAGACAGGAAGGAGAGAGGAGACUUCAGAAGUGGGAGGUUCUUCCACAGAAGAUCUUUGGCUUCCUCUUGGACUCAGACACCCAGAGACCAGAAUCAUGGAGCCCUCCAUGCCGACAGAGGUCGAGGGGGACCACAAGGAGAGGAAGAAGAUCCAGUUUGAUGUUCCAGCCUCGGCGCCCACCAACCUGGACCCACGGCAAGUGGAGAUGGCAUUCAAGGACAGCGUGUUUACGAAGUGCUGCUCUGUCCAGAGAAACGUCCCUCUCAGCAGAUUAAUGUCUCACGACCUCAUCUCAUCUUCACCUCUUUCACAAAGUCACACUGAGAUCAGACGCAGGAGGCCCACGCCGGCCACCCUCUUCAGAGUAGCCGACCAACCAUCUCCUGAGGACGAUCAGUCCACUCAUCAGGUAAAGUGGGUAGUGGGAGAGAACGGAGUGCUCAAACCAAAACGAGUGAAUCCAAACGUGUAUCAGCCUCCAUCACUCAAAGCUGUGCAGAAGAUGGCUGAAGCGCAUAUGCAGAAACUAGGUGUGUAUCCUUUGGAAGACCCGUGUGAAGGGGAGGAGGAUGAGGACCACUGGCAGGGGGAGGAGGGGGAGGAAGAAUCUCCCACCACAGCUGCUGAUCAUCAAGAAACAGCAACCACAGAACAUUUUCCCAGCAUGACAGCGAUGACCAACGAGACUGAAACACCAAAGGAGGAAGACGAGGAGGACGAAGAAGAAGAUGACAAGGAGGAGAACAAACUGGAAAAGAACCGCCGGGAGUGUAACUGAAAGAGAAAGGGGAGAGAGGGAGAACAUUGGGAGGGAUUUUAUAAGAAAAAAGUGGAGUUAAAUCAUGAAGUUCAAAGAAAUGGUUCAACGUGAUGAGUCAAACUGAAGGAUAGAUUUCAUCAACAGUCACGUCCUGCUUCACCUCUAAUGGGUCUGCUGGCAUUAAAGGAGAGGACAAGGAGGUAGUCAGUCAGAUCUCAUGAGCAGGUGAGGAGAGAUCCACCACCAGAGCAGAGAACAGACGCCCUUUGGCCUCAGUGACUCCUUUUUUCUAAUGAGAGCCACUGGGUCAAUGUCAGCAUGUCCUCCCUUCACUUUUAUUCUGCAGCUCGGAGUUAAAAAGGCUGAAAACGUUCUCGGGUACAAAUCAAGACUCACAGCAUCUAUUAUAUAACCUGUUUGGAAGCACUUAAAGGUCUUAAAACAUGUGGCAUGUGUUCUGAAAUCAGGGCCUGCGUCAUUGUACUGACCAUCCCUAUGUGUAUGCUGUCAUCUAGUGGUGAAACAAAACGCCACCACUGCAGCCAUCUUUUCGUAUCUCUUGUACUCAUCUAGUUGUAUUGACUACUUUAAUUCCUGUCCUUUCUAUUGCCACAUCUCUUUAGCAGCAGCUUCUAAAUGUGUUAAUUUAUCGAUCAGAUCACUGUAAGAUGUGAAGCAUUUUGUGGAAACUGUCCUUGAAGAUUGAACCCAAAGACAUUAAACUAGAUCAUCUGGGAAGUCCAAAAACACACCGUGAGCAUGCCAACCCUUGAAAGUUUUAUUCUUGCAACACAGUAGAGUUUUCUUAUAGAUCUAUAUAUUUUUAUCUGAAUUUUAUCCUUGAAAAGUAAAACUACUUUGACAUUUCAAAUACAUCCUUAUUACACAUUUGUUACACAUUUGAAUCAGAAUUUGUAUCCUUCAGUGGAAAAUGAGUUCAUUUCAAAUAUAAUUUUCACUCUCAAAACCCCAUUUACUCUUUUAUGUCGUCUACUUUUGAUAGUUCCCCUAUGAUGAGUUUAUUAUGGACCUGCUGGAAUAACUAUUUUUCCACAAAAGACUCACGGGUCCACGUGUGACACAAAGAGCCUGAAAACAAACUGGAUUCUGGAGCAAAAUCGUCUCCAAACACAAACAUCGUGCACUGUUUUAUUACUCGAGUGACUCAGCUAUAAUUAAAGUCACUGUAACUUAUAAUGAUUUGUUUCCAGUGAGAUGCCAAACCUGAUGUGCAAACAUUUCCAGUUGUGCCGCAGAGUGAAUGCAUUUGCUGUUUGCUUCAUCUGGGCUGAUAUUUGUACAUAAAUGUCUGAUUUGUUUUCUACCUGUAACCUGCCUGGAUGAGCAGUAGGCUGUGUGUUGAGACCAUUACUGCCCCCCCCCCCCCCCCCCCCUCUCUCCCUCCAUCUCUAUUGAACAUUUUCUGCUCCUGGAUCAGAGGGAAAUCACACAAAAAGACUUGUUGGAAGUUACUUAUGUUGUCUUUGUUUCUCUUAGUUUCUGUUCUCAUAUUUCUUAAUGUUUUGUGAUUGGUUUUAAACGAAUAAUUCUAUGAUAUCAAAAUAAAUUUCUUUUCUUCCUU